AUGGUUGGUGGCAGAGGCAAAGAAGGCAAGUUACGGACCAAAGCGAAGACGAGGUCAGCGCGAGCUGGUCUGCAGUUCCUCGUGGGUCGUGUGCGCCAUCUGUUGCGUCGUGGCAACUACGCGGAGCGCGUGGGUGGGUGCUGGAGCACCGGUCUACUUGACUGCUGUGCUCGAGUACCUGGCUGCCGAGGUGCUGGAGUUGAGUUGAACAAGCUGUUGGGCGGUGUGACCAUCGCGCAGGGUGGUGUGCUGCCGAAGAAGACGGAGAAGCUGGUGGUCAGCAAGGAGUAG